UAGUGUAUUUCAGACAUGUCUGAGGGGUAAAAAAAGGCCAAAUCCAAAUACUCUGCAACACGCAGACUUCUGCUAAAGAGCAAACUGCUGAGAAAGGCAGAAAGUUUGCUGGUGAAAGAAAAAGAGCAGAAAGAUUUGGAGAGAGAAAACACCCUGAGGGAGAGAGCGCCGCCCCUCAACCUCUCCGGCCUGUCUAUCCAAGAACUGCAGGAGCUUUGUAGAGAUUUGCACCACAAGAUUGACGUUGUGGAUGAAGUGCGAUAUGACCUUAAUAUAAAAGUUGCCAGAAAUGAUGCAGAGAUUCUCUCAUUAACCCAGAAGAUCUAUGAACUGAAGGGAAAAAUGAAGCGGCCGAACCUAAAAAGGGUGAAGAAGUCGGCAGACGCCAUGCUGGGAGCGCUGACAGACUCCAGAGCCACGAAAUCUGACUUCAAAGCAAACCUCAAAACAGUUAAAAAGGAAGAAGAAAAGAAGGAGGAGGUCACGGACUGGAGGAAAAACGUGGAGGCCAUGUCAGGCAUGGAGGGCAGAAAGAAGCUUUUCAACGCCGGACAGUAGCCGAAAAGAGGUCGCAAAGGAUAAAGGGGCAUCUUGAUGCAAAGCUCAUGUUGUUUGUUUGAAUUUUAAUCACCCUGAACAUUAUUUUAUGGUAAAUUAUUCAUUUAUUUUGUCAGCCAGCUGUGGCUUGCACGCGAUAUUAAAUUGUGAUUUACUGCGAUUAAAACGUGUGAGCACAGCCCGUAGAGAGGGAUUCGAUAAUAGAACAACCUCAUAUUCAUAUCAUAUCAUAUCAACUGUGUAAAUAUUUGCUUCGUAUUUAGUGUUGAUUGAAACCAAUAAGGCUACUGUUUACCCUCGGGUGAAGAGCAUGAUUAUUUUAUGACCUGUUUGUAGUUUACAAACAGAAAAUUGUUUAAUUUUCAAUAAAAGCUUAUUGAGUGAA